AUGUACCCACAGUUACCAGCACUCAGAUCCUUCAAAACCAGCGGUUCUUCUUCAUCUACUGAUCGGAGGUUAAGUGCUCUGGUGAGACAUCUCGAAGGCUCAGCAACCGCAUCGUCCGCCAUGAAUUCUCUGAACCAGAGCUCGACGAUCUCGGCUUCGGCCACUUCUGGCUUCACAGCGGGCAACUCUGUGUUCGCUCAUGUUGAUCGUGCUCCUGAAGAUCCUAUUCUGGGGGUAACUGUUGCAUAUAACAAAGAUCCCAGCCCAAUGAAGCUGAACUUGGGUGUUGGUGCUUACCGAACAGAGGAAGGAAAACCUCUUGUACUAAAUGUUGUGAGACAAGCGGAGCAGCUACUUGUUAAUGACAACUCUCGUGUUAAGGAAUAUCUUCCCAUUGUUGGGCUGGCAGAUUUCAACAAAUUGAGUGCUAAGCUCAUACUUGGUGCUGACAGGUAUGGCAUUGCGUGUUUUAUGUGAUAUUUAGACCAUUUUUUUAUUGAUCCCACAACAUAUUAAGUUCUGGUGGCAUGUGGGAUAAUAAAUAAGACUUUGCAUAUCUGUCGCUUGUUUAUUCUCAAAUACAUAUUUUAUAGUACCAUAUUUGUGAGAAAGUUCCGAUGCUUAUAUGGAAAAAGGAUGAAUCCGGAUGACAUAAUUUGUUUUGAGUCACCCCCACAAUAUAUAACUGCAAUUCUAUGUUUUUGUCAAGCUGCGUAAGGAAUCUAAAGUGCGUGAUGUUUCUUUCUUUGUCCUAGUAAAUUAUUAGAAAAUGGAUACGUUUUUUUUUUUUUUUU